AUGCAUAUUCUUACUUUCAUGAUUAUGGUUGCAUGCAUAUUUGUUCCCUUUCUCAAAAUUUCCACAGGAAAUAGUUCUAUCAAUGUGUCCCAAUCCCUGAGGGAUAAGCAGAUAUUGAUUUCAACUGGUGGAAAGUUUGAACUUGGGUUCUUCAGCCCAGGAAAAUCCCAGAAACGUUACCUGGGCCUUUGGUACAAGAAUAUCCCAGAUCAGAAAAUUCUUUGGGUUGCCAAUAGGGCCAACCCCAUCAAUGAUUCCUCAGCCAUCUUAACACUGAAUCCCACAGGAAAUCUUGUUCUUACCCAAAAUAGAUCUGUUGUUUGGCAAACCAACUCUCAAAAACAAGCACAAAAUCCAGUAGCAGUGCUCUUGGACAGUGGCAAUCUUGUGAUAAGAAACGAAGGAGAAACAAACCCAAAUGAGUAUUUGUGGCAAAGCUUUGACUAUCCAACUGAUACACUCUUUCCCGGGAUGAAGUAUGGACGGGACCUCCGAACUGGUCUGGAAUGGAGAUAUACUGCGUGGAAGAGUCCAGAUGAUCCAUCCCCAGGAGACGUUUCUAGGGUUUUAAAACUCUAUAGCUAUCCCGAGUUUUAUACAAUGAAGGGAACACAAAAGUGGUUCAGGUUUGGACCUUGGAAUGGCCUAUAUUUUAGUGGAUCACCAGAUCUACAGAACAACACCAUAUUUGGGUUCAAUUUUGUCAGCAAUGAGGAUGAGAUUUACUAUACUUAUACCCUUGCAAAUGAUUCUGUCCUCUCCAUAAAUGUAAUAAACGAAACAGGUACAGUUUCUGGCUAUGUAUGGGAGAAGGGUGGUCAAAAUUGGAGGACAUGUAGAUACCUCCCGAAUGAGUUUUGUGACAAUUAUGGUCUUUGCGGACCCUACGGGAACUGCAUAAGUACCCAAACACAAGUCUGCCAAUGUUUAAAAGGUUUCAAACCAAAGUCGCCAAAGAAAUGGAACUCUUCGGAUUGGAGUGGAGGAUGUGUCCGCAAUAAACCGUUAAGUUGCAACGGUACAGACAGAGACGGGUUUGUGAAAUUUGAAGGGCUGAAAGUUCCUGAUACUACACAUACUUUGUUGGAUGAGAGUAUUGAUCUAGAGCAAUGCAGAGAGAAGUGCUUAAAUAAUUGUACUUGUAUGGCCUAUGCUAAUUCGGACAUAAGAGGUUCAGGUAGUGGUUGUGUCAUGUGGUUUGGAGAUCUCAUUGAUUUGAGACAGUUUCAACCUGGUAAACAAGAUCUAUACAUCAGGAUGGCUGCUUCAGAGUUAGAACCUGUUUAUAGCCACAAGAAGAUGAAGACCAUCGUGAAGUCCUUCCUCCGUUUUGUAGGGCAAUCAUUGGCAGAAGAACACCAUGAAAAGCAAGUGGAUGAUCUGGACGGAAUAUUAACAGAUAUGCAAGAAAUUGCUGUAAAGACUCUAUCAAGGAGCUCAUGGCAAGGAGUAACAGAGUUCAUAAAUGAAGUAAAAUUGAUUGCUAAACUUCAGCAUCGAAAUCUAGUAAAACUUCUUGGUUGUUGCAUUCAAGGACAAGAAAAAAUGCUAGUUUAUGAGUACAUGGCAAAUGGCAGCUUAGAUUCCUUCAUAUUUGUGGCUAUAUGGCACCGGAAGUUCCACAAGAGCUGUGAUACAAUGGGUGUUCAUACUUUCGUGGUUUUAUAUGCAUGCAUACUUGUUCUCUCUCUAGAAAUUUCCGCAGCAAAUGAUUCAAUCAACGUGCUCCAGUCUGUGAGUGAUGAUGGGAAGACCUUGGUAUCAAAAGGUGGAAUCUUUGAACUUGGGUUCUUCAGCCCUGGUAGCUCCCAUAAACGUUACUUGGGAAUUUGGUACAAGAAUGUCCCAGAUAAGACAGUUGUUUGGGUUGCUAAUGGGGCCCACCCCAUCAAUGAUUCCUCUGGCAUCUUAACACUCAACACCACAGGCAAUCUUGUUCUCACCCACAGUGGUUCUUUUGUUUGGCACACCAACUCUCAGAAACAAGAACAGAAUCCGGUGGUACAACUCUUGGACAGCGGCAAUCUUGUGAUCAGAAACGACGGAGAAAAUAACCCGGAAAUGUAUUUGUGGCAAAGCUUUGACUAUCCAUCUGAUACACUCAUGCCAGGGAUGAAGCUUGGAUGGGACCUCCGAACUGGUUUGGAAUGGAAAUACACUGCAUGGAAGAGUCCAGAUGAUCCAUCCCCAGGAGAUGUUUCUCGGGUUAUGAAACUCUAUAACUAUCCUGAGAUUUAUAUGAUGAAGGGUACAAAAAAGUUGCUCAGGUAUGGACCUUGGAAUGGUGAAUAUUUUAGUGGGAUGCCUGAUCUACUGAAUAACAGCAUUUUUGGCUUGAGUUUUGUCAAUAAUGAGGAUGAGGUUUACUGCACCUUUACCCUCGUGAAUGAUUCUGUCUUCUCCAGAACUGUAACAAACCAAUCAGGUACCAUUGUUCGUUAUGUAUGGCAGGAGGGUGAUGAAAUAUGGAGAAUAUAUAGAUCCUACCCGAAAGAGUAUUGCGACAAUUAUGACCUCUGUGGACCCAACGGAUCCUGUGAACGAACUCAAUCACAACCCUGCCAAUGUUUGAAAGGUUUCAGUCCAAAGUCACCACAAAAUUGGAACUCAUCGGAUUGGACUGAAGGAUGUGUGCGCAAUAAACCGUUGAGUUGCAAAGGUGAUGUGUUUAUCCUAUUUGAAGGGUUAAAAGUUCCAGCUACCACAUAUACUUGGUUGAAUGAGAGUAUUGGCCUCAAGGAAUGCAAAGUGAAGUGUUUGAAUAAUUGUACUUGUAUGGCCUAUACUAAUUCAGAUAUAAGAAAUGGGGGUAGUGGUUGUGUCUUGUGGUUUGGAGAUCUCAUUGACAUGAAAAAGAUUGAAACUGGUGGGCAAGACCUGUAUAUCAGGAUGAAUGCUUCUGAGGCAGGAAAUUCAUCGACAGAAGAGAACAAUGAGAAACAUGUAGAUGAUCUGGACGGAAUAUUAAUCGACAAGAAAGAAAUUGCUGUAAAGACUCUAUCAAGCAGCACGUGGCAAGGAAUGACAGAGUUCAUCAAUGAAGUAAACUUGACUGCAAAACUUAAACAUCGGAAUCUUGUAAACCUUCUUGGUUGUUGCAUUCAAAGAGAAAAAAGAAUGCUCGUUUACGAGUACAUGGCAAAUGGCAGCCUAGACUUCUUCAUUUUUGAUGAUAAAAAAAGUCAACUGCUGGAGUGGCCUCAACGGUUCCACAUAAUUUUCGGAAUUGCAAGGGGCCUUAUGUACCUUCAUCAAGAUGCCCCACUGAGGAUUAUCCACAGAGAUCUCAAAGCAAGUAACAUCCUACUCGAUCAAAAAUUGAAUCCGAAAAUAUCGGAUUUUGGUGUGGCGAGAUCUUUUGGAGUAGACCAAUUUGAAGGAAGCACAAAUAGAGUAGUAGGGACCUGUGGGUAUAUGGCACCGGAGUAUGCAGCUGAUGGAUUAUUUUCUGAAAAAUCUGAUGCCUUUAGCUUUGGCAUUCUGGCGUUGGAGAUUGUGUGUGGGAAGAGAAAUAAAGGACUUUAUCACAUAGACACGAGUCUUAACCUCGUUGCUCAUUUAUGGUCAUUAUGGAAAGCGGGCAAGCCAAUAGAUUUCGUUGACCCAAACAUGAAGAAAUCAUCAUGCGUUGUAUCUGAAGUACUCCGUUGUCUCCAUGUCAGUCUUUUGUGUGUGCAACAGAUCCCAGAAGAUAGGCCUACAAUGUCGUCCGUGAUUCUAAUGUUGGAGGGUCACAAGGAAUUGGUUGAGCCUAAAGAACCUGGUUUCAUUUCCAGCAAAGUUUUACUUGUAGAAGAAUUACUCUCACCUCAGAAAGACACAAAUUCAACCAACGAAGUGACCAUUACCAUGUUAGACCCUCGAUGA